AUGAUCAGCUCGACUCCCUUCGGUGACCUGCGAUUGCUGCCCGUGGAUUACCACCGUGAAGUCGCCCGUGAGCUUGCCGCGUUCUUUCACUCCUUCUACCGCUUUGGUUUUGCCUCAAACCGCUUUGAUCUGCAGUCUGAGACGUAUUUGGACUUCCUGCACAACGUUUUAUUGGGCUCGCUCUGCAUUGGCACCGUCGUCUUUUUUGUGCUCUCCGUUAUUGUUGUACGACGUACUGUGCUGCACAUUCGUAGUGCUUAUGUACGUCGCACAUCGACGGACUCUACAUCCGUGGAAGUGCUAGCAGUGGGCCUCUUGACGUUCUUGGCAAUCAGUGCCCUCGGGGGAUUGCUAGGAGAAGCUCAAGUGGACUAUAGCGCCGGUGUCAUACUCGAUACCAUGACCAACACGAGCGAUCUGCUCCAGGACGCGCGAACUCUUACGACGAAAAGUCUGCAGACAAGUGACGCCUUGCGUGUCAAUGCCGACAAUCUGGUCACGUCGUUCAACGAGAGUGAAGUACCAGCUGAUGCGUUCAAAUUAUCGAUUGAAGCACUGAGACUGGUGCACACAUCAAAGGAUUUAUGGAACCAGACGGACGCACUGCUGCCCAAAAACUUCUCAGAGGUGGCCAAGGACUGGGAACUCAACUACUUUGUCUUGAAGUCAUCGACGAAUGGAGCUAUUCUUGCGGUAACACUUGCCAGUUUCUUGUCCAUCGCGUCGGUUGGGUGGGCGAUGGUCUCGCCUCUUCGUGUGUCCAUUCUCGUGAUCUUGAGUGUCGUACCGAUCUCGCACACACUAAUUGGCGCUUAUCUGUCAUCGACAAUCAUGACGGCGGACUUUUGUGCUGCACCUAUGAGCAACACGCUCAAUCUCGUAGGCCCAACGCCAAUUGCAGCCUACUACAUCGAAUGCCCGGCAAAUGCGUCACUACCUUUUGCUGGCGCUGUGGCUAGUGUUCGACAAACUGCAUCGGAAGUGGCUGCGAUGCAGCAGGAGCUGGAGCGCAAUGCAUCCGGUCAAGGAGAUGUCGGUCGUCGCAUGAAGAAGGAGUACUUGGACCCCAUCGGCAAGCAAUUGGAUGAUGUCGACGACUUGCUGAGCCAGUUUUCAGUAUCGCAGACCUGCAAGAAUGUGUCGACAGCAUUCGAGUACGCUGCCACCACUUUCUGCGAGUAUGGCAUGUUGGGCUUUUUCUCCAUGUGGGUGCACCAGAUCCUGCUAUGCCUCAUCCUAUUCGUGUGCGUCGUGGUAUCCGUGCUGGUCUACGAGCGUGUACACUUCCGCGAGGUCCGACUCGACGCGCACUACCAUCUUUUGUCCGGCGACGAAGAGGGUGAUAUGGAACACGUGUACCUUUCAUCGGACUAA